AUGGGAAAUAUCCUUUUAGAGGUUCGUAAUACAGAGUGUCCACUAAGGCUUUCCGUAAAAUUGAUUGUCAAGUGGACAACGCGCUCUUUUCCUCGUCUCUUCCCACCUCCGCUGAACGCGACAAAGAGAUCUUUAACUAGGGGUCUUUUUUCGCUUCAUUUACAAACCUCAGACAAUCAUCCCCGUGUUAUUUCAAUACUGGGACAAUUUCCGUUAAACAUGUCGUCCAAUUCAAGCGAAACCAUUGUGAAAUGCUUGUGUAGUGGGAAUAACACCACCUCGUCUAAAACUAAUGGAACUGAAGACGACAUAGGCCAUGGAGGAUUGGUUUACCGCUCAGUGAUGUUCUUCAUAUUCGCUGUUGGAUUUGUUGGGAACUUGCUAACAGUUAUCGUCUUUGUACAAAAGCGACAUCGUUCUAAAAUCAUUUCACCUUAUAUUCUUAAUCUCGCUAUGGCGGAUCUUUUCAUUAUUAUUUUUGGGUACCCUGUUGUUAUAAGCGCUACGUUGUCGAGUCAAAAGCUUCUGGCGGGUACGGCAAAGUGUACGUGGUCCGCUUUUGUCAAUGGGUCUGUUGGUAUUGCUUCUAUUGCGACAUUAACUGAAAUUAGCUACAUCAUGUGCCGAUCAAUAACUUCCAUUCAGCCUAAGAUUGACAUACACAAAAAACGCAUUGCUAUUACGAUUUUAGGUGCCUGGAUUUAUGGAAUAUUAACCGUCGUCCCUCCGCUAUUUGGUUGGAGCCGGUUCGUUCCGGGAACAGCAAGGGUCAGUUGCGCGCCCGACUGGUCUUCCGACACAUUCCAAAGUCUGGUUUACAAUAUAGCUCUUAUGAUAAUGGGAUUUUUUCUUCCUUUGGCCAUCAUUUUGAUAAGCUACUACAAAAUCUACAGGGCCCUUUUGCUGAAUUCAGUAUUAUCGAGACAAAAGGCAAUUCUUGUUCGUCGAAGAAAGUCUCAAGUAAAAGUUGUUCGUAUGAUAGCAGCAUCUGUGUUGGCUUUCGUCCUCAGUUGGUCGCCAUAUUGUGUUGUUUGCUUAAUAGCUAUGAUCAAACACGAGUAUAUUAUAAGCAGUGGCGAAGCYGAGAUUCCUGAACUUAUGGCCAAGGCAUCAGUCAUCUAUAACCCUUUCGUCUACAUAGCUAUGAACAGAGAUAUAAGAAAGACCGUAAAAUGUCUGCUAAACAGGAGCUCAUUCUAUCAAAGGUCAGAGGAAAAACGCAAAUUCGGGGGACAUGAAAAAUGGGGAGUGGGCACGCGGCGCCUUCCUCCUAACUCCGUAAUCCAGCUAAGCGUAGCCAACAUUGAUCACCUAUCAGACAAUGAUGAGUUACUGAAAAAAGUAAUAGCUUCACAGAACACAAUGAAUAGGUCCGACUCUAUAACCGCAACAAACACUGCUUAACGCCUGAGUUAAUUUACGCUUAUCAGUUAGCUCGCGUCUUAAAUACAUGCUACGUGCUGCUCUGUAGCCCACAAGUACUUGUAAGUAAAGCUAAAUUUAGUCAGAUCAAAGGCCGGAUCCUCACGCUUGUGGUGCUAGUUCACAUUUUACUACAAACCACGUAAUUGAAUCUUUAGACUUCAUAUAGGUACUACAAAAUAAACUUGGUUGACUAAAGACCAUUCAAAGUAGUACGCUAGGUCUUAACUUAAGCGACUUCUAAUUGAACAUUAGGGGAUUUCCAUUCCCUGUUAGAAACACGUGGCAUUGAUGGGAGAAAACGAGAAAGGCUUUGUAUAACGAGCUGAAAGCCCUGUUUAUCUAUGCAUAGGAAGAUGGUUUUUGGCACGUUUCAGCUAGCGUUAUAUAACAGUUAUUUCAUAAUUCAUUUUUGACAUGUGUUCCUAGGGUUUAUUGAUGUUACCAAGGAUUGYCUUUGGUUAUAAUCAGCUUUUUAGGAAAAACACCAUAUAUCCGACUAUUAACAAAGUGUGUUUUUCCUGAUAAAAUAGUGUGUUUUUCAGCAGCUACUGACGCAAUAAAUAAUGUAAUCAGUCCUAGUUUUAACAGUUCUAUUUUAACAAAAGAAAAAAAAGUGAUUUUUAUGGGGCUUAGAAUCUAACACUUUCGAUUAACUUAGCAACUACUCUCAGUCUAGUUCGUAUCUAGAGGACUAUUUUAGACCAGUGGAGUAUAACUUCCACUUCUUAGUUUGGUUUGUCUUCUGAUAUAGUCGUUUCUGAAGGUUGCCAAAGGAUUGAAACGGAAUCCAAUCUUACAAUUGCCAAUACGUGACUUGUAGCCACAAGAUUUGUUUUCUAUAUACAUACCAGUAUAGAAACUAGACAGUCAUAUCAUCCUUCAUAGAAGACCGAGUAGUCAGAGUAACUAAAUACCAACCAGGUCGCUUAACCCGUACCAUAUUUGCUAUAGUAAUUAACAAUUUUGCUCGUGUUUCUCGGAUUUGAUGUCUGUACUUUAAGCGGCGUUUACACGAGCAAUUUUUACUCGACAAAUUUCUCGACAAGGAAAAAUUGCCCGAGUAAAUCGGGUCAACAAGUUUUCCUCGACAAUUCUUUCUUGACAAUGUUUCUUUGAUAGUGUAAACGAAGAACAAGUUUUCCUUGACAAGGAAAAAUUGCCCGUGUGAUUGGUGAACAAGUUCAGUUCCUUGACAAUUCCUUGCCACAUUUUCCUUGUUGUCCAUAAUUUACACGAGCAAAUUUCGUCCUUGACAAACAUGUUGGCUUUUCCUUGACAAGGAAAAAUUGAAAAAUUGUCCAUUUUACCCCAUUUACACAAGCAAUUUUUCCUUGUCACUGAAAAAUUGCUCGUGUAAACGCCGCUUUGUUGUUGCAUGAGGAGAAAACGAGGCAAAAAAAAAAAUAAAAUAAAAUAAAAUAAAAUAAAGACAAAUAUAUCAUUACAA